AUGAAACCUUACUAAUUCGAAAGAAUUAAGACUGAAAUAAAUGAGGUUUAUGCUGGUAAUCAAUCAGGUUCCAAACGAUACUAUAUGAAUUCUAAUUCUAAAUCAACUGAAAGAAGUAUUGAAUAAUUAUUAUAUAAGCUAAACAAAUCAAAAAAUCUAAUGAAAAUGUCCUAUAAUUGAUCAAUAUGUGGCAUGAACAUAGAUAAUCUUUGUCAAUAACUCCUCUAAUACCUUUAGAUACACAAAAACAAUAAACUCAUAAUUCAGUUCAUGCACUUCAAGAUAAUUUAAUUGAAUAAAUUAAUAGUAAUAAAAAUUUAUAAUUUCUUAAAAGCUACAAAUAAUAUUAAAUUAACCCCAAAAAAACUUGAUUAGACAGAGAUAUACUUUUCUACAUCAGAACAUAAUAAGAUUCCAUUAUCCAAACCUAAUUUAGUUUUUGAUAAUUUAAUCAAAUAAAACAUAAGUGAGUAUUAUAACCUAUUAGAUCCUUCCAAUAAAAUGCUUCAAUCUUAGAAAGAAAAUAAAAGAACAAUUUCUAAAUCAAAAUAAAGUGAUAUAAAAUUAAAAAAAACUAAGGAAUAUUUGACAACAAUCACUUUAUUGUCAAAUGUAUAAAAAGCUAUUCAAUAGUUGUAUAAGAAUCAAGACAUAUCAAAAGCUAAUGAAAUUGAUAAGUAUUUAAAAUCAUUAAAUAUUUAUAGAAAAAUUUAAUAGGUGAUAUUUCAAAUUGAUAAAGAUUUUAGAUGA